AUACCGCUGAAGUCGCUCGCUCCGGCGAACCAGUGCGCAUGCGUGGAAGAUUCGGUCACUGGCGGUGUAGCUAACAGCUAAGCUACGACUCCAGUCAACAUGGAGAAAAAAGUUUUGGCUCUUCAGGCGAGAAAGAAACGGGGUAAAGCCAAGAAGCCCUGCAAAAAUUUGUCUUACAGGCAGCCUGUAAAUCCCAGAAGUCGUCAUGAACCCCAACAAGAAGCAUCGCCUCAGGAACCUGAGGAACCUGAGGAGAUCCUCGGCUCUGAUGAUGAAGAGCAGGAGGAUCCUAAUGACUACUGCAAAGGGGGCUACCAUCAUGUAAAAGUAGGUGACCUUUACAAUGGAAAAUAUCAUGUCAUCCGGAAACUGGGCUGGGGCCACUUCUCCACGGUGUGGCUUUCGUGGGACAUCCAGAUGAAGAGGUUUGUGGCAAUGAAAGUGGUAAAGAGUGCAGAGCACUACACAGAAACUGCUGUGGAUGAGAUCAAGCUUCUCAAGUCUGUAAGAAACUCAGACCCCAACGAUCCUAAAAGAGAGAUGGUGGUUCAGAUGGUGGAUGACUUCAAAAUCUCUGGUGUCAAUGGAACUCAUGUUUGCAUGGUAUUUGAGGUUUUGGGACAUCACUUAUUAAAGUGGAUCAUUAAAUCCAAUUACCAAGGUUUGCCCCUACCUUGUGUAAAGAGCAUCAUCAAACAGGUUCUCCAAGGCCUUGACUACUUGCACACAAAGUGUGAGAUCAUCCACACAGACAUUAAGCCGGAGAAUAUCCUGAUGAGUGUUGAUGAGCCUUACGUUCGCAAGCUGGCGGCAGAAGCUACAGAAUGGCAGCGGUCAGGGGCGCCGCCUCCCUCUGGCUCAGCAAUAAGCACUGCUCCUGCUCCAAAACAGACAGUCAAAAUGUCAAAAAAUAAGAAGAAAAAGUUAAAAAAGAAGCAAAAGCGACAGGCAGCAAUGCUAGAAAAGUGCAUCAUGGACCUGGAGGAGAUGGACAAGACCACAGAGCUACAGGAGGAAGAUGAGGAUGGUGAUGAAGAGCCGUUGUCUCCAAAGGGUCGAGCUUGUGCUCCUCUCAGACAGAUGUCCAUGCAGGAUGUGGAGAACGAAGAUACAGAAGAGAGUAGUGUGAAUGCAGAUGUGUUGUCCGAGCUGAACUGUAAUGGCCAUGUGGAGGUGGUGCAGAGACCACCGUGUUGGAGGGAGGAGGACCAACAAAAUGGCAACACCGGGACCUCAGAGCAGUGUGUCCUUCUGGAUAAAAAACACCAGGAAUUUCCUGUCCACUCCAUCUGCAAUGGUUUGUAUCCUGCUGAACUUAAGGAGCUGGACACUGAGAUUGAAGGUGCUCACUGCAGUGGGGUGACAAGAGCAAGACACUUUCCUGCUGAGCUGGAGGAGGGAGCGUUAAAACUGAACAUUUGUCGGGAGGUAGGAGAAGAUGGGCCUGAUUGUCAAUAUAGAAGCGACGAAAGUCUGCAAAACGGUCAGUCCGACAAAGCCAGUCACAAUUUUUACAGAAACGAGUGGUGGUGUUUAUUGAUCCACUUAAACUUUACAGCGUUCAUAUUUUCCGAGCUUUCUCUUAUCUGUCUGUGCUUUGAUGUAGACAAGUUAACAGCAGGAUCCCUGCUAGUUAACCCCCUUGAGCCAAUCAACGCAGACAAGAUCAAGGUCAAGAUUGCCGACCUGGGAAAUGCCUGCUGGGUGCACAAGCACUUUACUGAAGACAUCCAGACACGACAGUAUCGGUCCUUAGAGGUACUCAUCGGUGCUGGUUACAGCACACCAGCAGAUAUCUGGAGCACAGCCUGCAUGGCCUUUGAACUUGCCACAGGAGACUACUUGUUUGAACCACAUUCUGGCGAAGAUUAUUCCAGGGAUGAAGACCAUAUAGCCCUGAUCAUUGAGCUGCUGGGGAGUGUCCCACGCAAACUCAUAAUGAAUGGCAAAUAUUCCAAGGAUUUUUUCACCAAGAAAGGGGACCUAAAGCACAUCACCAAGCUGAAGCCGUGGGGGCUGCUGGAGGUGCUGGUGGACAAGUACGAGUGGCCCUGUGAAGAAGCUGAGUGCUUUACCGACUUCCUAAUUCCCAUGCUGGAGCUGGUCCCCGAGAAGAGAGCCACAGCUGCAGAUUGCCUGCGACACCCCUGGCUGGCCCUCUAAUGGACGCCUCCAGUAUCUGCACCUCUCUUCCCUUCCUCUCCUCCAGAGACUGCAACAGAUCACUUUCCAGUUUGGGCAUAUCAUAUGAAUAUUUAUUUCUUUUUGUUUAGUUGUUUUCUUAUGUUCUCAUUUCGGAGCUAAUUUGUAUGUUUGCUUUGUAUUUGUUGGUUAUUCUCUCAGUGCGACGGUGAUGUUACUUGGUUGGCUUCUCCUGCUAUGGUCCAUGUACCCACCCAACUGAGCAACACUGGUAUUGUACUGCUAGUGACUCAUCCUUGUUUGUUACACUCCUGCACUAAAACCCCAAACUAAAGGAUAAUAUGUAGCCAUGUCCCCACAAUAAGGACUCAUUUUCAUAUAGUUUAAUUAGUAUGGUUCCCCCUUUCUUUUAAAACCAGUUAGUUUAUCUUCCAUUUAACAUGUAUGAUACACAUUUUGUAUUUGUAAAGACGGCUUAGAAAAUUGCACAUGGGGCUGACCUUUACACUGACUAUGGUAACGUUCAAGCAGCAUUUCUCCAGACAGACGUGUGUUGUGAAGCGUUGUUGUCUGCUGAUGCACAAACCAUUUGUGUUGCGGUGCAAUAGCUAAAUACUAGUGCGUAAAAUGAUAUCGAUGUAAUAAUUUGCAAGUCCUUUUUCAACCAAUGUUCUAUUGAUAACAGUGCAAAUAUGCUUAUUCACAAAUGGAACUUUUUGUUGUGAUGUUUCAUUGCAUACACAUGGCAGUUUUUGUAUAUUGGCUGAAUUGAUGAAUCGUCUUAAUGGUAACAAAACGCGCCUCUAAUAUUUUGUUUGUACUGUAUUCAAUUGAAUGUGUACUCUGAAAGGAUGUGCAAAUAUAUGACAUUUCUCACACGUUUCUUCCGAAUCUCCAAGAGUUAUUGGUCUGUUUAGUUAUAAAAGCAGCUCUUUCAUUGUAGUCUUCUGACCCUAAAAUUCAGGAAUUUGGUGAUUUAACAAAACAAAAAGUAAGACCAUUGAAAAGGAAAAAAAAAGUGACAAUAAUUGUAUAUAUUUGUACCAAAGAGUUUGCCUUUAUAUAUAUUACAGUUCUGUACAGUUUUUAACAAAUCAUAUAGCUAAAGUGAUUUAGCUGUGUAGCUGUGUUUUAAUACAUGGAUGGAUGAUGUUUGUGCUUGAGUGUGUGUGUGGCCAACUCUUCAAUACACAUUUUAUUGUAAGAGAGGAAGUUAAUGUGUUAGGAACUGCUCAUGUCAAAGUAAGCUUAAAGUACAUAGAUUUGUGUGAGCAAAGCUGUAAAACACGUUCUAGAAUAAAACCGAUGUUGCAAACGG